AUGGAGGACUCGUCUUCUAUUUCCCUCGUGGAUAAUACCGUUUCACGGCAACCCACCGGCGAAGGACUUCAACCGCGCACAUCUACCCUUACUCAGGAAAGAAGCCUGACGAAGCACCUGAGCCGUGCAUCUGUCCAUGACCAGCGCGCAAAGCGGAAAUACGCAAAAUGGCAACCCGAUAGACUCGGUAUCGCGCCUGAUACAAACGACUCGCUCAGCCGAGAACCGUCCCAGGUGCGCGGGGGUUCAGUCUCAACAAGCUCCGCCGGAGAAGGCAGCAGGAGCAGAGAUAUCGAAACAGUCGACGUUGCGCCGUCACGAGUCUCGACUCAUAACACUAGUGGCAGCGGCCAGGCGAACGGAGCAGGAGACCUAACCAACAACCGCGAUGACACCAAAUCGCACUCGGAAAUGGACAUUCUCUACGAGAACCAGCGGGGCUGGUUCUUUUUUGGCGUACCGCGUUACUCGCACAGCUCGCUGUUGAACUUUGACCCCAGCGCUUGGAUGACACAGGACCGCAGGCCGAGUCCUGUUAAUAUCACGAAUGCCCAGCUGCCUGAUCCGAGCUGGGAAUGGACGUGGAAGACAUGGUAUGUUGACAUGUCUGGUGAUACCGAUGAGCAAGGCUGGCAGUAUUCUUUUUCGUUUACUUCGUCUUCGUGGCAUGGUACGCAGCCGUGGUUUCAUUCGUUUGUUCGGAGGAGACGAUGGGUAAGACUACGGACUAAGGCCCUUGAACGACGGGACAUUGAUCGCUCGGACUUUGAGAAAUCACAUAUGCUUACUCCGGACUAUUUUACCAUUCACUCGUCCAAGAUGAGAAGUCGGGAACAGAUUGCGGGACUGGCCCGUGUUGGAUCUGGGUUGUUGAAUCAUGCGAGCAUGACAGUUGAUGAGGAGUCACAUGUCGAUGAGAUUUGGGAUAUACCCAGCUUGAUGCAUGCUUUGAAAUUAGCUUCCAUUGACCGAGAGAGGAUCGACGCGCUGAAAAGAUUUAUUGAGGACGGAGGCGAGGAGCUCUAUUAUCUGAAUGACAAGAUGCCCGAUAUAAUGCCCAUGUUUCUAUUCCAAACCUCCCGCUGGCAAUUUGCAACAUAUCUUUCUGGCGUGAUUAGUGAGCUGUCCAAAACCUCCACCGAUUCCGAUAAAGACGCCGAUGCAGUCCAACGCAAGAAGGACAAUCUCGCCCGCGCUGCAGAAUCUUGCAAGCUUCAUAUUAGUGGACCGGAUGUUUUUAAAGAUGAUCAUGGAGACUCAGGGACGAAAUUGUUAGACUUGACUCCGGUGACCAAGCAUGAUACAUUGAUGGCGAAACGGCCAGUCUUGAAUCAGCGUGCGAGGCCGACGCGGUGGGUUUUCAGGGGCAUUCCUAAGGCUGCUGAGAUUGGCCAGCCAAGCUCCGGCCACCGCCUACCCGUUCGGCGGCCAGCAAUUUUCGGGGCAAAAAGGUCCAUCGAAAAACACCUCAAACAUAGUAACGCGCCCAAUUCUUACCUCCUUUCCAUUCAUGUCUCCGGUGCCAUUAGAGCAUCGUCCCUUAUGCUCUUGCGUGGCUGCCCGUGUCUAAGGAGGCGUCUGUCUGCCGUCUUGGACACUGUCGCGACUGGCCCCGAUGAGCCUCUUCUGUUCCUCUAUCCCCGCUGGGCUGCGCCUGCUUUGCAACGUCGACGGAUAUCUUCCCUAAGACCGAUUGAUUCUCCAGCGAGGUUAGGUCAUACUUCCGGUUCUCCAUUUUGCGCAGCAGUCCGUCCCUCUCCUUCGCUUUCCCGACACUCGCGCCAAUGGAUUUCCUCUGAGUCUUCCUCCCGGUCUCCUGACGGUUCAAAUUCGCGAUCGUCUCCUACGGUAGUUGGAGAGCGUCCUGAAGUAGGCAAGGGCAAGGAAACUGGCUUUGAUGGCUUGAAUGAAAGUGGUGGAGGUCGGCUCUCCGCGGGUCAGAAACAAUCUGUCGAUUCCUUCACAGAUACCGAACACGCCACUUCUCGGAGACCACUACGUGGCUUCGCGUUGACGAGAGCGAAGAGAAUACAGAAAAGCCGACUGCACAAUAAACCCCUGAAUGCCAAACCUUCGCCUCUUACGCAGAAGCAACUCUUUUUACGAAAUACAUCGAUUCGAGAUCGGAAGAAGUUGCGCUUUCGCGAAUAUAUGAAGAAGAAAUAUCAAUCUCGUUCAACAAAGCUCUUCGACAAUGCUUGGUUUGAGACUAAGGACAUUCUGGACCAAGUGCACCGCGAUAUCCGGAAAAAUCCCAAGAAGAGUUCGAACAAGAAGGAAAUACUUGUACCAGAGGAGACCCUCGCCCUGUUUUCUGGCGUGACUCGUUAUACCUUGAAAGAGAAUAUUUGGUACAUCCCGCUCCAUAAUGGAUGUCGGGUGCACAUCCUACCUGCAAGUCAGAACAAGGGAUUACUCCGUCGAGUCGUUUUGAGUGCUACAGACCAUAUUAUGGCGCUGGUGGAAGGGCAUUUUACCCGCGCGCAGAGCUUACAAGCUAUGGGAGAUCCCCUUGUUGAUAUCCACAAACCACCGGUUCCGAUGUGCAUCUCUCGGGGCGCGAUGCAGCGUUUGAAGCUGCCUGUACCGUUAAUUCGUGGAAAUUGGCAUUUCGGCGAAACGUCGGACAGCAGCUCGAAUUUGGACGAGAUCCUGCUGCCUCGUCCGGUUAUCGCUACCGUGAAGGAGUUCACCGAGCACGUCGAGGAUGUUACUUCUGCGAGGCAACCGACGCUCGAUGAGAAGGCCAUGUCUCUAUCAAAGCUUCCGCACGUGGUCCGGAUUAAACUACAUCUGGAGGCGCUUUUCAUGGAAGAAACAUACUCCAAUUACAUCUCGACUGCGGCUUUGAAUAAUGCACUGGAAUUCCUUUGUCGACAUGAGUUCCUUCAAACUGCCCGAGCCCUGUGUUCAUGCACAGAGCAUGUGGCUACCACCGACACAUAUAAUAUCCUGUUGCGGGCUGCUGCGCGACGCCAGGAUGUGGGUGUCUUUCGUCAUUUCCUGAGGACGAUGCCUCGAUUACACAUGCGUCCAAACCCAGAAACAUGGCUCGCAUUGCUCAGCGCCCUGGUUGUCCCCAGCGAAAAAGCCCACCUCAUUGAACAUAUGGUCCAGCGUGGUCACAUGUCCAACCUUUCCACCAUUCACAGCGCACUCCAGGAGACAAUCCAAGAUUCUCUUUUGGCGCAUUUGGACAGUGGGCAAGAUGUAGGCUCCUUCAUCGGCCUCAUGACCAAUACAUGGGGAGCAAAUUGGUUCAGCCCUUCAGUGGUCGGCCAGAUGUUCAGUGUGGCCGCUCGAUUGAAGGAUUUCAAAUCGAUAGACGAGCUCAUGGAAAUCUGCAUUGACAAUAAUCUCACUGUUGACAGUUACCCACUCAGCCACAUUGUGCAAGCCUUGGGUGCGAACGUCCAUGUUGCUUUACAGUAUACCCUCCGGUUUUUCGAGCACCCUUUGUUCGAGGUAACCCCACAAAAUUGGGAAGAUUUGUUUUUGGCUGCAUUCAGGAGCCGCCAGUACAAUAUCUGCCUAGUUAUAUGGCGGUAUUCUUGCAUGAAAAAAAGCGUGACCUAUAAGAUGAAACAGGCUGUCUUGACUUCCUUAUGUCGCAAUGCAUCCUUUGGUAAACCCACGAAACUUAACAAAGAUUUGUGGAGUUCCGAUGCCGGCAAGGUCAUUAUCGGUAUCGACCUGCACCAUGAAAACUACAGGCUUCCAGACUCCAUUCUGGACGAGCUUCCCUCCGAGUUCCGUCAAAAUCCUAUUCUAUACCUCAUCGGAUGGAAGCCUAGGGGCGAACAGCGUGAUCUCCAAAUCCGCCUUGCCAACGCUCUCAUCAAACGUGACCUCAUUCUUGGUGCAACCCGCUAUGCCCCCCAGCAUCCUUCCCCGAUUAUGCUGGAUGCAGCGUCCAUCUUGGAUAAGGAAUGGCGUGGUGUACCACGGCCUCUGACUUGGAAGAUGCAAAACGCCAUUCAGGUUCCCAUCGUCCGCAAAGACAAAGACCGCGACGACCGCGACCAAGACAAACACAAAAACCAAUAA